AUGCCGAACCCUGAUCGCGUCACCGCAGACGGCCUAGAAUGGGAAUGCCCCCCCCUCAUUGUCUUUAUUGACGACGUCUCUGGGAAUAGCUCCAAACAAUGGAAUGUACACUACUCGUGCUAUAUGUCGAAUGCCGGAUUGCCUCGCGCGCAAAUUGAGAAGUCCCGGAAUAUACAAUUCAUCUCGACGUCUCCGAGUGCCUCGCCGAUGGAAAUUAUUGAGGCUGUCUGUAAUGACAUCCGACAGACUUGGGGAACCUCUCCGCUCAAAGUGUGGGACGUCCAUAGACGGCGUCAUAUCCUUGUUCGGCUCUGGCUGCUUUUUUUGCCGGGAGACAACCCUAUGCAGGCCGAACUCUGUAGCCAUAUUGGACUCAAAGGUAACCACUUCUGCCGUUGCUGCCAUGUCGGUGGGGAUCAGAAAUAUAAGCAGUCCAAUGAAGGGUUCGCUUCGCUGCUCAAGCUCAGCCGAGAACGCUCUCCAGGAGAGACACGAGGGGCUAUUAUGGCGCAACUGAUUCAGGCGACGCAUGCCGCCGCGGAGAAGCCUCUCAAAGAGGCAAUCACGUCAAGUGGCGCAAAAGAUUCACUCGCUCUUCCCAUGAUCAAUCGACUGAUCGCGCUUGGGAAGAUCCUCCGAAGGUCGACACCUGAACGCAAGGCACUGACCCCGGAAGACGUCAACCGGGAGCUUUCAGCAGAAUUAUUGAGACACGAAGGGGUGACACUCAUGAAUCCCCUACUAGACAUGGAAGGUGUCAAUGUACAUCGAGACACGCCUGUUGAACCACUGCAUACUCACCUCCUCGGUGUCGUGAAGUACUUCUGGGCGCAGACAAUGUGGGUGCUUGAGAAACAGGGGAAGCUCGAGGUGUUUCAGGCACGCCUCAAUUCUCUGGGGAAGUCAGGGCUUAAUAUCCCGACUAUCCAAGCUGAUUACAUGUGUCGCUAUCGGGGCGCGCUUAUAGGGAAGCACUUCAAAACCAUCAGUCAGAUCAUGGUGUUCGCUAUUUGCAACUUAGUAGAUGAAUCACUCCAAAACGCUUGGUUUUCUGUCGGGCGUUUGACUGUGCUUCUAUGGGAGACGGAGAUCAUCAUCAUGGCGGACUAUCUGAAGGACCUUCGUGCGGUGAUCAAUGACAUCCUCGAUCAUGCAGCAUCCCUGAGCCCAGGGCUUCUCACCGAGAAGAAUAAACUUCACAUCCUUCUCCACAUUCCAGACCAUAUCGAGCGACACGGUCCAGCGCUUCUAUUCUCCACUGAGCGUUAUGAGUCGUUCAAUCAUAUUUUCCGUCUCUCUUCUAUCCAUAGCAACCGGCAGGCCCCAAGUCGCGACAUUGCCGCUUCGUUCGCCAACCAGGAUCGAUGUCGCCACAUGAUGACCGGCGGAUACUGGCUUGACAAGACAUCCGGUCGGUGGGUUUGUGCCAGUCCUGCCGUGCUCGAUCAUGUCCGCUCGCAUUCCAUCGACGCUCGACUACUCGGAGUGGCCCAUGUCUCUGCCCCCAUCCCUGGUAAAAUGAUGCUCACUCCACUGCCCUCCCGCACCACUACCACUCCUGCCAUUCCAAAUACCCUACAAACGCGUCCACUGACCUCUGCGCCAUCAUCCUCUGCCUCGCGACCUGUUCUAACCUGGAUAGACACUCACUCGUCCCAACUGGUGCCAACGCUAUGCCCACCUGGUUUCUCUGAUGGCCACUGGCACUCCGCCGCAGAUGUCCUCGCGCUGAAUGGUGACCAGGCCAUCAUUGGUGCCGAGGUCAUCGUGUCACUCCCAACUGACAUUCCUACGACACGAACACGGCUGGCCUUCGCCUCCAUCAUCGAGUUACUGAAGACCGCAGACCCCCUCCUACCGGACACGUCGCUAAUCACCGUCAGGGAGUCUACGCUCCAGGAAUGCCUCCAUCCUACGCUACACAUGCCGGUGCUCAGUCGAACAGGACAAUUUCAUGUUAUACGCCCCCACGACAUCAUCUGCGUCGUGAACGUGCAGCAUGAUUGCUCUCGCGCCAAGUGUACGGAGACUGGCAAGCAAACUGUUCGUCAAGAGCGCGAGGAUACCACUCAAACUCGCGCUGUUGUUACUCAUGACUGCAGCCCGCUAUAUGUCCUCAACACAAUCGCCCUUCACAACAAUCAUCGCAUACGCGACAUGCUCCCACAACAACUCCGAACGAUCCCCCCUUUCUUCACGGAUCGGGAUGCCCUCCAUAAAAGCGCUGCCUCCUCCCUACGUGACACGAAGCUUCAGAAG